CUUGGAGUCGGACGUGGGAAAUUCUUUGGUUGGGCUACCAACGCCCUUGGUUCAUGCUUUGUCAUUUAGGUCGUGGUCGCUUUUUUAAUACACCGAAUUUACGGCCCUACCAACCUCUCUUGCUCUCUUACUAUAGAAAAAUGGAAAAACGGACCCAACCCAAAUGGUUCACUCCAGUUCAAAAUGCUCAGGACGGACAGUUACCUAAUCUAUACCUUUAUAACAGCUUAACGUCACGAAAGGUAAAGCUUGACUUUUUAUUCCGUACUCCCCAGGACCUGUUUAUCCCGCAAGAUGGAAGGCAUGUUAAGUGGUACACCUGCGGUCCCACCGUGUAUGAUGUAUCACACCUGGGCCAUGCAAGGUUCUGAUUCCGAUUCAUAUUUACUAAUGCUCUGAAGGACCUACGUUGCGUUUGACGUUAUUCGUCGUGUGUUGGUUGAUUAUUUUAAUUUUAAGGUCACUUACGUCUUAAAUAUUACUGAUAUCGAUGACAAGAUUAUUAAGCGUGCUCGACAAAAUCACUUGAUCAGUGAAUAUCAGCUCAAAGAUCCCGAUCUAGCCACAGUUGUCGGUGAUAUUGCCAAAGGAAUUCAGAAAAUUAAGUCCAAAAUUCAGUUUGAGACGGAUUUGGAUAAAAAAGCAUACCUAAACAGUGAAGUAGAUCGUCUGAUAUCUCUCCUAUCCACUGUGCCACUUGAUGAAGAGGAUCCAAUUAACUACUUGAUGCUGAACGCUCGUGAUGCUAUUGCUGAUACCUUGGACGCAGCCUAUGGCGCUUCCAUCAGUGACCACCAAAUUUUCGAGGUGUUAGCUAGACAUUUUGAAAAGGAAUAUCUCGUUGACAUGGAGUCUUUAAACAUCAUUCCUCCAUCAGUACUUGUUCGGGUUACGGAGUAUAUAGAUGCAAUAAUAAAAUAUGUGAAACAAAUUAUAGAUAAUGGCUUUGCAUAUGUUGCUCCAUCUGGAUCGGUGUAUUUUGAUACAAAUCGAUUUGCAAGUUCUCCUAUGCAUUUUUAUGCUAAGCUUGUGCCAACUGCAUAUGGGGAUACUAAUCAACUGGAAUCUGGAGAAGGUGAACUGUGUAUAACAGGAGAGAAAAAGUCACUGAAUGAUUUCGCUCUAUGGAAAGCAUCCAAACCCGGAGAACCUUUUUGGUCUAGUCCUUGGGGUAAAGGCAGACCUGGAUGGCACAUAGAAUGUUCAGUUAUGGCUAGCGAUAUUCUUGGGGAUACUCUUGAUAUACAUAGUGGUGGGGUCGAUCUGAAAUUCCCACACCAUGAUAAUGAACUGGCACAGUCUGAAGCCUACUUUGGACAUUCCCACUGGGUUAACUAUUUCCUUCAUUCUGGUCAUUUAACUAUAUCCGGUUGUAAAAUGUCAAAAUCUUUAAAAAAUUUCAUAACUAUUCGUGAUGCUCUUAAAACUCAUUCAUCUCGACAAAUUCGUUUGAUAUUUCUUUUACAUUCCUGGCGUGAUACUAUGGAUUAUAGUGUUGAUACAUUAGCAGAAGCUGUUGGUUUCGAGAAACAGUUAGUUGUAAGUAGGUUUUAUUUUUCAAGUUGAAUGAUUUUCUGUUAUAACUGUGACUGCGUGACUGCAGAUUAGAGCGAAGCGUAUUAUCGAUCGGACCAAAGACGCGUAAAACACGCAAGGACGACCUAGAGUCCCGAUUGGUCCUGCUUCCCUGUCUAGCCCAGCCAGUUGAGUCCAGAACGCAAGUCUCAGCCUCUGAGAUACGAAUCAUUAUAUUUCAAACAUACUGAGUUUAUAUACCAAUCAAACCAACCACAACGUACCAAUAAAAUAUGAAACAACAUUGUACAAGAAUUAGCCAGAUGUGGCUAUAAAUGAGGGAGGUAGCGAUUAACAAACGGAAUAAUUCAUGAAUGGUAAAUCGUAUAAUAAUAGUUCAUAGGUCAAAAUAAAGCUCAUAAUAAGAGGGACAUGAAUAUGAACAGUUUAGUUAUAUAACGAUUAUACGAUAAAAAUGUGCUCAUAAUAUUGGUCCAUAAAUUGAUCCCAAAAAUUACCAUUCAUUUACUCUUAUCGGGAUACAACAUUUUCUUUUCUUUGAAUAAAUAACUUGUAAAAUUCAAAACUGGUUUAUUGAGAUAUUUUGUACUUUAAUUUUUAUUUCUAUGGUUGUUUUAUGUAAAUUCACUGUUAGCCACCAUCCAUCAUCUCUGCUUAUAAUGCUUGUGACUUAAGGCAAUAUUGAAACAAUCCGUACAGUAUUCACUUAUGCCAACAUGAAAGUUAUCAAUUACAGUCCUAAAUAUCAAUUGGAAUAUUCAAACAAACAAUACAAAAAUGAAUUUUUGCAAAUAAUUGUUUAGUUUUAUGGAGAAUACAAACAAAGAUACUAGAAAUAUUCAUUCGACCGAUGUAUAUCUUGUAUGGUAUUGGCUUAGUUUACACAAAUUGUUUUAUGUCAUUUCGAGCACCAUGUAUGAUAGUUUAUACUUGAUGAUAAUUUCAUUUGUACCUAUUCACUAGUCGUUUUAUAUGUAUAUAAUUAAAUGAAACACAUGUACUGGACAAAUAUUAGUGUACUUGGCUUUGAACAGCAUUCGAACUGUGUGGACUACUCAUUUGUAGUUUGUUUCAAACCCCGAGGAUUUCUGGCCUAAAGUCAAGCGUCCUAAUCAUCGGGUCACCUAUCCACUUUGUCGUUGUUUAAAUUACCGUUAUGACUGGUCCCAACCCUAACACAACGGGCAUCAGACCUGGUGAGAUUCAAUUUUACGGAUUUUUCAUUUUACUGUUUCCUGUUGUAAGUUGAAACGUUUUAGAUUUGUUAAUUACUUCGUAGUGUUAUUCUAUAGACUCAUUUGUAGCUGUUAUUUGUUUUAGGAUUUUUUGUACACCUGUUCAAAUAUUCAGUUUCUGGCGAAGCAAUCUUUGUCGAAUAAACACGAUUUGGAAGAAACUGAGAACGGUGACUUUCAACAGACUCUUGUGGAUAUACAACACAAAGUAUAUGAUGCAUUAUGUGGUAAUUGGAAAUAUAAAUUGUGUUCAUAGAUCUUUAUUUAUUAUAAACGCUAUAAGCAAAUUUUACCUGUCGCGGUAAUUGUGUUCUCCUACUUAGAUGUUGGACAUUUAUUUUGUAUUGGCAGUCAUAGAAACUUAAAAUAAAGAAUUAUUCUUUGAGUUUGAUUUCCAAGCUAGAUAAGAAAAGUCAUAUGUAGCAGAUUAAAUCAAGGUAAUAAAGUGGUGGCACAGCGGUUAAGCUGUUUAAUUCUCAUCCACUAAGUCAUGUAUUCGUACCCCGUUCCACUUGCUUCGGUUAGGGCAACUGAAUAGUAUCAUUACCCUCUACAUUUAGAGUGUGGCUCAUAAUCAAGUACGCAAUAUGUACCUGGUAAAUGAGUUGCCAGAUAGUUAAUAAACUGUUUCAUAUUUAACUAUGUCACCUAUAAGUAACAUUUUUCAUCUUUUCUCCACGUUGGUGAUGAAAAUAUUUCAUGAAGAGGAGAGGCUAUGCUUAUUAUAAUUUGUAUAUUUUUUAUUAUCUCAAGUCAAGUGAUUAAUAACUUAGUAAUGAACUUUCCCUCUUCAUUAAAAUUCUUGUAAAUUUGUAAUUCCUGAGUCAUAAUAAACCACAAAGGUAUUGAUAUGAUGUUAUGGAAAAAUCUUUUCACAAAUACACGCUACAAAUACAAAUGCACUUCAGGUAGUUGUUAUGAAUUAACUUGAUUCCGUCAACAUUCUCUAGUUUAUUGGAUAUAUGUAGAUUAUACUCACUUUCGAAGUACAGUGAUUUCGUAAUACUGCCGAAAGCUAUCUUCAACUCUUCGAGCAUGUUACAUCUGGGAGGAAGGGUGUUCUAAACAUUUUUGUGCUUUGUCUAGUUGUACAGUGCUUGUUUAGCUUCAGUUUUCUCUUGGCUACCACCACGUGGUGAUCUAACUCUGUGUCAACUCCUCCCAUUGUUCUUACAUUUUGCGUGAACCUUCUGAAUGUUUUAUUGAUGCAGAUGUGAUCGAUCUGAUUUUUCGAAGUGUAGUUCAAUGAAAGCUUUUUAGGUUUGUGUAUGGGUUUGUGGAGAAAACGGUCGUAUCUAUGACCAUGUUGUUGAAAGUUUAUAGACCCAUCGAUUUUUCGUCACUCUUGUUCCUUCCUCGUAGUCCAUGUGGUCCUAUGAUGCGUUGAUUUUCGAUAUUGUCGAUCCUGACGUUAGCGUUUGUGUCUCUGAUCAGAAUGAUCAAGUGUUUUCAUGGUCAUUUGUCUACGAUGAAUCCCAGAGUCUAAUGAAACUGAUUUUCAUGAUAUACGGUGGGAUGAAUGGUGGGCGCGUAGUUGUGAACGACAUUUGUUGUAAUAGUUUUCUUCUUUGUUUUUAAGGAUUCUUUGAUGAUUCUGGAUCCAUGAGUUCGCCAUCGUGUAGGGGGUUCUUGUACUUCUUUAUAGAGUAUCGCUACAAGUCACUGUGUCUGUGUAGCAUCGUCAUUUGUGGGUAAUUUUUUCAAGACGUGUUUGACCAAAUAUCACUUAUUGUUAUACCUAGGUUGGCUUUGUGUAUACCAAUGUCGUCUUCUUUUUUUCGAAGGAUUCUUCGAUGAUUCUGGAUCCAUGAGUUCGCCAUCGUGUAGGGGAUUCUUGUACUUCUUUGUAGAGCAACGUUGCAAUUCGUUGUGUGUGUAUAGGAGCAUUUUCUUUUUCAUCAUUAGAAUACAAUAAUCGCUCUUCUGAAUUUCGUCUCCUCUUUGCAGAUUGUUUCCAAUGUGUUUCAUCUGUUCCAAGCAACGUUUAGGUUAUGUCUUCGCAUUUCUGUCGCUGUUUGAGUGAUCCUUCCGGUCUCACAUUGUCCAGACAUCCCAUGCAUCUACAUUAAUUGUUACUGUGGUUGUCGAGUUUGGCACCGACCUCGUGAUGUGCGAUGAAUCUUGGCCGUCAUCAUGAGGUGCCUUAAUUCAUAUAUGAAGGCUCUCCAAUGCUCAGGGGAGAGUUUAAAUAGCUUUUUCUGUCUAAUGCUUUUUAGUUGGGCGCUCAUUUGCGGGAUGGGGCUACUAACCAUACUCCUAAUCUUCUUCCUCCACCCAGGCUUAGGAUUGAGUGUUACAUAUCCGCGAUCUAGUUAAUUAGGAAGUACGGUUUCUCAUGGAUUCUGUUUGUAAUUUUCCACAUAAUUUUAGCUAUAAUCUAUCCCUACCACUAGAGUUAUAAAAAUUAACCUUAUGAUACGAUGCCCAAAAAUUAAGCCUUACAGUCAAGCCUUAAUGGAUUGAAAAAUGAAUAACCUACAAGCUAAUUUCGUUCAAUCGUCUAAGACAUUUGAUCAUAUCUAUUUUGUGUUUAUAUUUUGCACGUAACCAUGUUGUUUUGUUACGUAACGAAAACUUAUCCGUCCAACUAUUGGGCUUUGGUUUCGAAACUCUCGGGAACCUGAGACAAUAAUACGGCCUCGUGAGUAGCCAAUACUUGCUUACGUUAUAUCAUUGCGUUCAUCUAUCGAUUAGCAUUCAAACGAUCGGAUAUUUCGUCUAAUCAAAUCAUCACGGCAAACCUCUAUAACAACCCAAUUAUUUCAAGGGGAAUUCUUUAGAAUCGUAUAAUUGUAUCUGAAUCAUAAAUGCUCGUUUCAGCUUGAAGUAUUAUUAAGAUGUAUACCAACUUUGUAAAAUACAGUUGUUCUUAAUCCUUUUUUUGCUAGAUUCUUGUGAUACUCGAUCAGUUCUGGAUUGUAUUAAAGUUUUAAUGUCUGAAGCUGACUCAAGAAUAUUCAGUCGUAUUGAACAUAACAAGUGUAUUUCCAAACUGGCUGAUGAUGCUUUCGCUACAGGUCGUUUUAUUCUUCAAUUGCUGCGUAUUUUUGGAGUUGCUGACCACACUGCUGUUGCUGCUGGUUCUCCGGUACCAUCUGGAGCUAUCAUAGCCGGUGGUAAAGUUCCAGAACAUCAUGAAAGUAUUCCUUUAAGAGAAGCUGAUGAAAGUGCAUUUGGUUUUCGUAGUUGGCUUUCUCUCGAUACGCUAACUGAAGAACGUCUUAUAUCCAGUGUACAUAAAUCGUUGGAAGCUUGUUCCAUUUUUAUUCAAGCUAUUAUUCAUGAAGGUGACAAAUUUGAGGAGAUUGUGAAUACUUUCGCCUAUAAAGUGCAGAAACAGUAUGGAAUUGAUUUAUUCAAUGUGCAAUCAGAUGAAAGGCAAUCUUUGGAAUGCAUUUUGAAAACUACCGAUCAAGCUAGUCUUUCUGAAUCGACGUGUAUACCACAUGGAUUAGAAAUUAAUGUUUGGCCAGUUGUUCUUAAUUUUCUUCAUACACUUUUUUCUAUAAGAAAUACAGUAAGAAAGGUUCUAUCCUCAGGCUCCAUAACUGAUUCUUCAUGCAAGAAACGGUUAUACGAAGCAUGUGAUCGUUUUCGUGAUGUUGAUCUUGUCAAUGCUGGAAUUCGGCUUCAGGAUCGAGCUACAACAAUUGAUCUUAGUCGUGGUUUAGAUAUUUCACCUUUUAUUGGAUUGGUUGAUAAGAAAUUUUUGAUAAGCGAGCAUUCAGAAAGUAAAGCAAAGGUAAUUAUGAAAAGUCACGUACUAUUACUGUUUAUUUAAGCUUGCUAGUUUUGUUUACUUAAAAAUUUCAGAUUCUUCUCAUACGUUCGUUCAUACAUUGUUCAGUUCAACUGUUUUAAUUCAUUAGUUGAUAAACGUACCAAGUGUGAGAUAUGUUUAGAUUAGAUAUACACUUUCAUGUAGAAGGUGAAUUAAUCAGUAUGUUUUUAGUGUUGCAUCAACUGAAUAUGUACUAUACUAAACUAUUUAAUGCUUGAGUUGAUAUUAGUUGUUGAUUGACAUACUUACUUACUUACCUACUUACACCUGUUACCCCUCGUGAAGGAGCAUAGGCCUCUCACCAACAUUCUCCAUCCAACUCUGUCCUAGGAAAUCCUUUCAAGUUGCUAUUCAUCCUAUUCAUGUCUGUUUCCAAUUCUCAACACAGUGCGUUCUUUUGCCUUCCGCUUCCCUUUUCCCUUCUGGAUUCCAAGUUAGCGCUUGCUUCGUGAUGAAGUUUAGUGAAUUCCUCAAUGCGUACUGUUCACUUCCAAAGUCUUUUACUAAUUUCCUCUUCAACUGGAAACCGGUUUGUUCUUUCCUACAGUAGGCUGUUGCUGAUGGUAUACAGCCAACGGACAUUCAGUAUCUUCUAUAAACAAUUAUUUAUAAAUACUUUUACCUUUUUGAUGAUGGUUGUGGUAUUUCUCCAAGUUUCAGCUCCGUACAGUAGAACUGUCUUAACGUUCGUAUUGAAUGUUAUGAUUCCGAUGUUGGCUGACAGUUGUUUUGAGUUCCAUAUGUUCUUCAAUUGUAGGAAUGUUGUCCGUGUUUUACCAAUCCUCUCCCUCAUGUCUGCAUCAGACCCUCCACGUUCAUCAAUGAUGCUUCGCAUGUACCUGAAAGAUUCCACCUCUUCCAGAGUUUUUCCAUCAAGUGAGAUUGGAUCGUUCUCUGUGUUGUAGUUGAAGGUGUCGUUUUUUCCCUUGUAUAUGUUGAGGCCUACUGAUGCAGAGGCUGCUGCUACACUAUUUGCCUUCCACUGGAUUUGUUCGUGUGUAUGGGAUAGAAGGGCAGUUCAUUUGUGAAUUCGGGAUCGUCUAGCUGCUUCAAAGCUGUCAAUUGCAUCUCGUACUUCCCCUCAGAUAUGGAGGUCUUCAUAAUCCAGUUAACUGUCAGGAGAUAGAGAAAGGGGGAGAGUAAGAAGCCUUGUAUGACUCCGAUCCUUACUUGGAAUGCGUCUGUCGGCUGUCCGUUGAUUGAUAUAGAAUCGAAAUAAUUGAAAAAUAUGGUUAGAUGAAUUAAGUUGCCAUUGUACCAGAGUUAUGUUUUCCCUAUUAUUUCAUCUUCUCUCUCCCACGAUCAACGAUAGGUCAUUUAUCCGAUUACUCUGUAAAUUAUUCGUUCCCCUCCUUUGAUAAUGUAACACAGGCUUUCCGGUCUCGUCCUCUGAGUUAACUUAUCAAUAUUAUUAUUAUUUAACGGAUUUAUCCAAAAACAAAAGAACCCUGUUUCACUUUCUCGUACUCUUUUGUCUUCUAGAAUGUAUUAGUACCCACUGAAUUUAUUUAAAUUAUUCAUUGUAUUUUAAGAUGAAUUAAAUCUCUGCCAAUUUAUGUUUAACUGAGAAUCAUUGAUAUGUAAUUUACAUUCUAGUAAUUAAUUU